GACUGUAAUAUUGUAGACUUGUGUGCCCUCUACUGGUCACAAUGUUACAUUGCAUCACAUCCGAAGUAAUUACAAAACGGCGUGGGAUUGAGUUUGUGUAACUGGCUAUCAGCUGUUGAGUAACUCAUUCACGUUGCAGCAUACUCGAUUCUCUCCGUCCCACUAUCACCACUAAUCGAAAACUUCCCGAAAAAUGCAAAAGAAAUCAACAACCUUUAACAUUGUCUUCUCAUGGAUGAUUACGACCUAAUCUGGAUUUUUGGGCAUUUUGAAUUUUAAGAGAGACUGACAGUUUCAGUAGGGAACUCCUCUCCGUUUUAUUGCUUUUCAUCACCAGCAAUAGAGCAUGCCUGUAUCGGGUGGUGAGGACCCCAUGUCCCAGGUUCGUCAGAUGCUGAGAGAGUUGCUUGUGGGGAGAGAGAACGCCGAGGGCUUCUUCUGUCUGUGUGUGUCUGUACUGGGACACAACGAUACACGGACACAUUUCUUGCCGCUCAUCCAGCUCCUAGCCACCGAUCACAACAGCCUUCACACCACCCUCACCUCAAUCUAUUUGGAAUACUUCUCCAAGGAUGAGGAUGAUGAGUUGGCAGUGGCUCUGGCUCUGUCCCUAUUAGAGGUCAAAGGGCAACAGCAGACCGAUACCAAGCUCCUCUUCCCAGAACCUAAACUCCAGGGUCAAACAGACACCCAGGCUUCGGCAACCUACAGACCCCAGAAUAGCUCCAUUCAGAGUCAGUCAGUUUCUACUAAUGGUAGCUCCAGCCAGCCUCCGCCAGCCCCUCUGCCCAAGGGUGCGAGCUAUGCCCAGCUAGUAGCAGUAGGAGGAAGGAGACAGACUCAGGCUCAACACCAAGACUCCACAUCACCCAGAAGAUCCUCUGGACAUGGCAGCUCUCCUCAGACAGAGAGACAGAGAGGCCCAACCCAGACGCAGAAACAGACAGACAUAAAGUGGUCUAAUGUCACUCAGGAUGUGUGUGCCUCUAUUGCCACUUCUUUGACAUCCAAUCUCAACCAAGCCAAAGAUGACAUCACAGUGGUGGAGUGCGAAGUGGACCAAUCUGAGAAGCCAAAGCGCUCAAAGAACCGACGUCAGCGGCGGAAGGGGUAUGGCCAGCAGGUGGUAGGUGUGCCUCGAUGCCCCUCGGCUCCACCCCCUGUGCUGCUGUGGUUCCGCAGGGACCUGCGUCUCCAUGACAACCCAGCUGUGAUUGGCUCGUUGGAGGCUGGAGGGCCGGUCAUCCCCGUCUUUAUCUGGUGCCCAGAGGAGGAGGAGGGUCCCGGGGUAACCGUGGCUAUGGGAGGGGCCUGUAAAUUCUGGCUGCACCAGGCCCUGUCCUGUCUCAGCUCUGCUCUGGAACACAUCGGCAGCCAUCUUGUUUUCCUUCGGACGGAUGAGGAGAGAGAGGGGAUUGGUUCUUCGCUGCUUGCCCUGAGGAGUCUGGUGAGAGAGACGGGGGCGCAGACGGUGCUGGCUAGCGCCCUCUAUGAGCCGUGGCUGAGAGAGCGGGACCAGGUAGUGGUGUCAGCGCUGCAGAAAGACAGGGUGGAGGUUAACAUGGUCCACUCCUACUGUCUCAGAGACCCUUAUACUGUUACUACUGAGGGGGUGGGACUCAGAGGUAUUGGUUCUGUAUCCCACUUCAUGAGUUGCUGUCAGAUGAACCCUGGCCCAGGGUUAGGGGUUCCCCUGGACCCCCCCAUAUCGCUCCCCUCACCCUCUGUCUGGCCCAGAGGCUGCCCUCUAGAGGGGCUAGGACUGGCACGCAUGCCCUGCAGGAAGGAUGGAACCACGAUUGACUGGGCGGCUAACAUCAGGAAUUCCUGGGACUUCAGUGAGGAGGGGGCCCAGUCACGUCUAGAGGCCUUUCUAAAUGAUGGUGUGUACAGAUAUGAGAAGGAAUCAGGGCGUGCGGAUGCCCCCAACACCAGCUGUCUGUCUCCUUACCUGCACUUUGGCCAGCUGAGUGCUCGCUGGCUGCUGUGGGACACUAAAGGGGCGCGCUGCCGACCCCCCAAGUUCAUACGAAAACUGGCCUGGAGGGACCUGGCCUACUGGCAGCUAACAUUGUUCCCAGACCUGCCCUGGGAAUCACUCAGACCACCAUACAAGGCCCUUCGGUGGAGCAAUGAGAGGGGUCAUCUGAAGGCGUGGCAGAAGGGCAGGACAGGUUAUCCUCUAGUAGAUGCUGCAAUGAGACAGCUGUGGCUGACUGGAUGGAUGAACAACUAUAUGAGACACGUAGUAGCUUCUUUCCUCAUAGCUUACCUCCAUCUACCGUGGCAGGAGGGAUAUCGCUGGUUCCAGGACACCCUUGUGGAUGCUGACGUGGCCAUAGAUGCCAUGAUGUGGCAGAAUGGAGGCAUGUGUGGUCUGGACCACUGGAACUUUGUCAUGCACCCUGUUGACGCAGCCAUGACCUGUGACCCUUACGGAAGCUAUGUCAGGAAGUGGUGCCCUGAGCUGGCGGUGCUGCCUGAUGACCUCAUACACAAACCCUGGAAGUGCCCAGCCUCCAUGCUGCGCCGUGCCGGUGUAGUCCUAGGCCAGUCCUACCCAGAGUGUGUGGUGACAGAUCUGCAGGAGAGGAGGAGCCAGUCUUUGCAGGACGUGGCAUUGGUGAGGAGGCGUUUUGGGGAAUACGUGGACCCCUGCUCGGGGUGCGACCUGGUCCCCCUGCCCCCCCGCCUGGUCUCGGAGGCCAUGGGUGGAGGUAUGGUCAACACAGGUGGGCAGUUCCUCCUGCCUGUCAUCACCCGUAUGGAGUUCAAGCACCAAUCAGACGAUCCAGACGCGGACGCUGCCUCUAACCCCUAUAACGCCGUUCUGAAGGGCUACGUGAGCCGCAGGCGGAAUGAGACCAUCGCCUUCCUGAACCAGACAGACUUCACAGCCAGCGUGAUAAACGAGGGAGCAGAGAGGAGGGAAAGACAGGAGCGAGACCAGAGGAGGAUGGAGGGACUACCACGCCCCCUUGCAGCUCAAGGAAGGGGAAAGAGGACCCCCGCUGCCAAGGACAGGUUCUCCACAGUGCCUGGGGGAGUGGCUACCUCUCACAGAUGACCAUAAGGGCAGGGGCUGAAGGUUCGAUAGAGCCACUGUGGUGCCCAAUGGCCUUUCCUCAAUUGGUUUGCUUAACUUCUGCGUCCUUCCUCACCUACUUUUGAAAAUGGUCAAAGGUAAAUCAAGUAGACUCGGAAGAGGGAACGUGAACAAAAUUGUGCUUGUAUCAAUUGUCUCUCCUUCACUCGCAUGUCAUCCAGCAAAUUAUGUUUACAGUGGAUCACAAAAAAUAAAUGUGUUCAAGUGAUCAAAAUGAAUUAAGUUAGUUGUGUAAGACAUUUUCUCGAUAAACAAUAUGCAUGCUUUUCUGCUCCGACAAAACAAAAGCUGAUUCAACUGGGGUGUGGCAGAUAAAAAAAUUCCAGUAGGAUACAUAACUAUCCUCAAUAAAAAGAAAAAAUAUUUCACCUUUAUUUAACCAGGUAGGCCGGUUGAGAACAGGUUCUCAUUUACAACUGCGACCUGGCCAAGAUAAAGCAAAGCAGUGCAACACAAACAACAACAGAGUUACACAUGGAAUAAACAAACAUACAGUCAGUAACACAAUAGUAAGUCUAUAUACAGUGUGUGCAAAUGAAGUAGGAUAAGGGAGGUAAGGCAAUAAAUAGGCCAUAGUGGUGAAAUAAUUACAAUAUAGCAAUUAAACACUGGAGUGAUAGAUGUGCAGAAGAUGAAUGUCAAGUAGAGAUGCUGGGGUGCAAAGGAGCAAAAUAAUAAUUAUGGGAAUGAGGUAGUUGGGUGGGCUAUUUACAGUAGGGCUAUGUACAGGUGCAAUGAUCGGUAAGCUGCUCUGGCAGCUGAUGCUUAAAGUUAUUGAGGGAGAUAUAAGACUCCAGCUUUGGUGAUUUUUGCAAUUCUUUCCAGUCAUUGGCAGCAGAGAACUGGAAGGAAAGACGGCCAAAGGAGGAGUUGGCUUUGGGGAUGACCAGUGAAAUAUAACUGCUGGAGCGUGUGCUACGGGUGGGUGUUGCUAUGGUGACCAGUGAGCCGAGAUAAGGCAGGGUUUUGCCUGGCAAAGACUUAUAGAUUACCUGGAGCCAGUGGGAUAUGAAGCAAGGGCCACUCAACGGGGGCUUACAGGUCGCAGUGGUGGGUAGUUUAUGGGGCUUUGGUGACAAAACAGAUGGCACUGUGAUAGACUGCAUCCAAUUUGCUGAGUAGAGUGUUGGAGGCUAUUUUGUAAAUGACAUCGAAGUCAAGGAUCGGUAGGAUAGUCAGUUUUAUGAGGGUGUUUUGGCAGCAUGAGUGAAGAAGGCGUUGUUGCGAAAUAGGAAGCCGAUUCUAGAUUUAAUUUUGGAUUGGAGAUGGUUAAUCUGAGUCUGGAAGGAGAGUUUAAUCUAACCAGACACCUAGGCAUUUGUAGUUGUCCACAUAUUCUAAGUCAGAAACGUCCAGAGUAGUGAUGCUAGUCGGGCAGGCGGGGGCAGCGAUCGGUUGACUAGCAUGCAUUUAGUUUUACUUGCAUGUAAGAGCAGUUGGAAGCCAUGGAAGGAGUGUUGUAUGGCAUUGAAGCUCAUCUGGAGGUUUGUUAAGUGUCCAAAGGGCCAGAUGUAUACAGAAUGGUGUCGUCUGCGUAGAGGUGGAUCAGAGAAUCACCAACAGCGACAUCAUUGAUGUAUACAGAGAAGAGAGUCGGCCCGAGAAUUGAACCCUGCGGCACCCCAAUAGACUGCCAGAGGUCCAGACAGCAGGCCCUCUGAUUUGACACACUGAACUCUGAGUAGUAGUUGGUGAACCAGGCGAGGCAGUCAUUUGAGAAACCAAGGAUGUUGAGUCUGCCGAUAAUAAUGCGGUCAUUGACAGAGUCGAAAGCCUUGGCCAGGUCGAUGAAGACGGCUGCACAGUAUUGUCUUUUAUCAAUGGCAGUUAUACCAUUUAGGACCUUGAGCGUGGCUGAGGUGCACCCAUGACCAGCACGGAAACCAGAUUGCAUAGCAAAGAAGGUACGGUGGGAUUCGAAAUGGUCGGUGAUCUGUUUGUUAACUUGGCUUUCAAAGAUUUUAGAAAGAUAGGGCAGGAUGGAUAUAGGUCUAUAACAGUUUGGGUCUAGAGUGUCUCCCCCUUUGCAGUGGGGGAUGACCGAGGCAGCUUUCCAAUAUUUAGGGAUCUCAGACGAUACGAAAGAGAUGUUGAACAGGCUAGUAAUAGGGGGUGCAACAAAUGCAGCAGAUAAUUUUAGAAAAAGAGGGUCCAGAUUGUCUAGCCCAGUUGAUUUGUAGGGGUCCAGAUUUUGCAGCUCUUUCAGAACAUCAGCUAUCUGGAUUUGGGUGAAGGAGAAAUGGGGGAGGCUUGGGCAAGUUGCUGUGGGGGGUGCAGAGCUGUUGACCGGGGUAGCCAGGUGGAAAGCAUGGCCAGCUGUAGAAAAAUGUUUAUUGAAAUGAUCAAUUAUCAUAGAUUUAUCGGUGGUGACAGUGUUUCUUAGCCUCAGUGCAGUGGGCAGCUGGGAGGAGGUGCUCUUAUUCUCUAUGGACUUUAGUGUCCCAGAACUUUUGGGCGUUUGUGCUACAGGAUGCAACUUUCUAUUUGAAAAAGCUAGCCUUUGCAUUCCUAACUGCCUGUGUAUAUUGGUUCCUAACUUCCCUGAAAAGUUGCAUAUCGCGGGUGCUAUUCGAUGCUAAUGCAGUAAGCCACAGGAUGUUUUUGUGCUGGUCAAGGGCACUCAGGUCGGGAGUGAACCAAGGGUUAUAUCUAUUCUUAGUUCUACAUUUUUUUAAUGGGGAAUGCUUAUUUAAGAUGAUGAGGAAGGCACUUUUAAAGAAUCACCAGGCAUCCUCUACUGACGGGAUUAGGUCAAUAUCCUUCCAGGAUACCCGGGCCAGGUCGAUUAGAAAGGCUUGCUCGCAGAAGUGUUUUAGGGAGCGUUUGACAGUGAUGAGGGGUGGUCGUUUAACCGCGGACCCAUUACGGACGCAGGCGAUGAGGCAGUGAUCGCUGAGAUCCUGGUUGAAGACAGCAGAGGUGUAUUUAGAGGGCAAGUUGGUCAGGAUAAUACCUAUGAGGGUGCACAUGUUUACGGAUUUAGGGAUGUACCUGGUAGGUUCCUUGAUAAUGUGUGAGAUUGAGGGCAUCUAGCUUAGAUUGUAGGACGGCCAGGUUAUUAAGCAUAUCCUAGUUUAGGUCACCUAACAGUACGAACUCUGAAGAUAGUUGGGGGGCAAUCAAUUCACAUAUGGUAACCAGGGCACAGCUGGGGGCUGGGGGGGGGUCUAUAAACAAGCAGCAACAGUGAGGGACUCAUUUCUGGAAAGGUAGAUUUUUAAAAGUAGAAGCUCGAACUGCUUGGGCACAGACCUGGAUAGCAUGAUAGAACUCUGCAGUCUCUCUGCAGUAGAUUGCAACUCUACCCCCUUUGGAAGUUCUAUCUUGGAAGAAAAUGUUGUAGUUGGGGGUGCUAAUUUCUGAAUUUUUGGUGGCCUUCCUAAGCCAGGAUUCAGACAUGGCUAGGAGAUCAGGGUUGGUGGAGUUUGCUAAAGCUGUUUUAUUCACCAACUUAGUGAGGAUGAAAGGUGACUAUCGAGGAGGGGAGGACACUUCCAAUCGCCUACUAACAAACUGACAUCUUCUCAGUUUUAGUGGCCUUUUCACGUUUGGCAAAAAGUCAGUUGGAAGACUGUCCUUCCCGCCUCGAUAGCCGCCUGUUGGUGAGGAAGCACAAGUGUAUCCUACCUCGGAAGAGUUUUGAUAUCUGCCAGUCCCCCUUUAAAUCGGAUAUUGUAUUGUCGGAGGAGGAAAGCAUGCACACAUUUAAAAACAAUAUGCUACUUAUCCUUUUAUCUAUAAAUGUUUUUGCACAACUCUUAUCACUUUACACAUUUUGGGAUCUACUUCUGUAAACAAUUUGCCUGAUGGCGUGCGAGUGGAGAAGCUUCUCAUUUCAUACAAGCACAUUUGUCCACAGAUGCCUCUCCUCGAUUACCUCUGACUUAAAGAAAAAAAGGAGGCGAACGAGGACGGAGGAGAGGACGCAGGAGUUAACUCUACUUCAUCACCCUCCCGGAUCCGGGAUCCUCAUCAAAAAAGCUGACUAGCCUAGCCUAACGGGACAGGGAUAUCAUAUAAUAUAAUUUUCAUGAAAUCACAAGUCUAAUACAGCAAAUGAAAGAUAAACAUCUUGUGAAUCCAGCCAUCUUUCCGAUUUUUAAAAUGUUUUACAGCUAAAACACAAUAUGUAUUUCUAUUAGCUAACCACAAUAGCCAAACACACAACCGCAUAUUUUCACCAUGUUUCCACGGCAUAGGUAGCUUUCACAAAACGGACAAAAUAGAGAUAAAAUUAAUCACUAACCUUGAAUAACUUCCUCAGAUGACAGUCUUAUGUCAUACAAUACAUUUAUGUUUUGUUCGAAAAUGUGCAUAUUUGAGGUAUAAAAUCAUAGUUUUACAUUGCAGCCACCAUCAAAAAUAACACCAAAGCAGCCAGAAUAAUUACAGAGAGCAACGUGAAAUACAUACAUACUCAUCAUAAAACAUUUAGGAAAAAUACAUGGUGCACAGCAAAUGAAAGAUAAACAUCUUGUGAAUCCAGCCAAUAUUUGCAAUUUAAGUGUUUUACAGCAAAAACAAUAUAGAAUUAUAUUAGCUUACCACAAUAGCCAAACACACAACGCAAUUUAUUCACCGCAAAAGGUAGCUUUCGCAAAAACCAGCGAUAUAAAAUGAAUCACUAACCUUUGGACAACUUCAUCAGAUGAUGUCUUAAAACAUCAUGUUAUACAAUACAUUUAUGUUUUGUUCGAAAACGUGCAUAUUUAGAGCUGCAAAUCGUGGUUAUACAUUGUGAAUACGUAGCAACAUUUCCCCAGAAUGUCCGGAGAUAUUUUGGACAUUUAACAUUUAAGUCAUUUAGCAGACGCUCUUAUCCAGAGCGACCUAAUCUGACCAAAGAACUCAUAAACUUUACAUAAAAAUACUUGUAUGGCAAAUGAAAGAUACACUGGUUCUUAAUGCAACCGCUGUGUUAGAUUUUUAAAAAUAACUUUACCACAACAUACAAGCUUGGGUUAUUGUGAGACAGCGCUCACCAACACGGCGGAGAAUAGGCAUCAACAUAUUACACAGAAAUACGAAUUAUCAUAAAUGUUUACUUUUGCUGAGCUUCCAUCAGAAUGUUGUACAAGGAGUCCUAUUUCCAGAAUAAAUUGUUGUUUGGUUUUAGAGUGUCCAUUUCUUCUGUCGAAUUAGCAACCUUGGCUAGCAUUGUGGCGCGAACAUUCCCAUCCUCUCUUGGCGUAAAGAACGGAAAAUUCCAAAAGUCCCAUUAAACGUUGAAUAAACUGAUUAAACUCGGUUGAAGAAA